AUGGAGCGUGCACUACAGGCUCAACAUGUCCUGGCUAACCAAUACAUGGAGUUUUCGGCUUAUCAACUGUUAAGAGAGGCACAAUAUUGGUGGCAAGGAGAGUGCCAGUUGAUACGACUUUCGAAUGCAGAAAUCUCUUGGGAUGCAUUUCAAAUGGCGUUCUACAAGAAGUACUUUCCUGAAUCUGCAAGGGAAGUGAAGGAGAUGGAACUUAUGCAGAUGAAGCAUGGUUCCUUAUCUAUGGCAGACUAUACUAGCCGAUUUGAGGAGCUCUGUAGGUUCUCUAGGGUGUGUCAGGGUGCCCCAGAGACCUAUGAAAGUUGGAAGUGCAUCAAGUAUCAAAGGGGAUUGAAGGAUAACAUCAUGACUGUUGUGACUCCUUUGGAGAUUCGGAUUUUCUCCGAUCUAGUGAACAAGGCGAGAGUUGUGAGGAAUAUGCACAGACGAUAG